GUUUACUAGAAAGUUCCAUUUACCUCCGUUUUACUUACAACCUUAACCUUAACCAUAUGGCUGAAGUAUGGACAUAUUUUGUGGAAGUUACAAAUUUUAAAAAUUAAUAAACGUCUCUUUUCUAAAGUUUUUAUGUCGGCAGUUGUAACAAAUACGUGGCGAAGUGUAUUCUGUUAAUCUUAAAAUUUAAAUUAAAAUCUUAGAUGGAUGACAACUGUUAUUUGUCAUAGUACAACUACUAUCAUUGUUUGAUUAUGUGACAAAUCCAAUUAUUAAUCCGAUUAGCAUUAAAAAGCAAUUUUUAAAUAUAUUUCAUUUUAUUAUUUAUCGGAUAAUUUAAAGUAACUAGGUUUUUAAACUGUAAGUUGAAUCGUGAUCAAAUAUAAAAAUGAUAGUCUUGAAUAUUCUCAGAUAUAUCAAUGGAUCGCAAAAAAACAAAUUAAAAAAUGUUCUAUGUAUCAAUAGAAUUGUACGAUCAAUAACCACAGUAGAUACGAAGGAGAUUGAACAUCUUUCUACUUUCAAAAAUGAUUGGUGGAAUGAGAAUGGACCAUUAGCUGCUCUUCAUGUAUAUACUCCGAUCAGAGUGCAGUUUGUGAGAGAUGGAUUGGUAAAUGCUGGAGUUGAAGUGCAAAAUUCAGCUCUUCCACUGGAAGGAAUCAAAAUUUUAGAUGUUGGUUGUGGUGGUGGUAUAUUAACAGAACGUUUAGCUAGAAUAGGAGCUGAAGUAACUGGAAUCGAUAUAUCGGCAGAAUUAAUAAAUAUUGCUAAAGAACAUGUAAAAUUGGAUCCUAAUAUAUCAGGGAAAGUGAAUUACAUUAAGACAACUGUGGAAGACUAUUCUCAAAAACAAGAAGGCUUGUAUGAUGCUGUUGUAGCUUCUGAAGUCUUAGAACAUAUAUCAAAUCAGGAACUAUUUUUAAAGGAAUGCGCGAAGAUUAUAAAACCAGGUGGAUCAAUUUUUAUAACGACGGAAAAUAGAACUUUUGCAUCUUGGUUGACUCUUAUUGUAAUAGGCGAAUAUAUUGUUAGACUUGUACCUUUUGGUACUCAUGAUUGGAAUAAAUUCAUUGCUCCACAUGAAGUUCAACAUAUAUUAGACAAUUAUGGUUGCAAAACGAAAUUAAUUCAUGGGAUGAAAUUUAAUCCACUAUUAAACCAAUGGUUUUGGUCAUCAUGUACAGCAGUAUUUUAUGGUCUUCAUGCAAUCAAACAAAAAGAAAUUAAUGCAUAAUUUUCACAAAAGAUAUUUUUUGUCACUAUUGAACGAAUAAUUCUUGGGAUGUUUAAAUAAAAUUGUACACACUAUGUAAAUUUGCUUAGAGAUUGUGUUAUACUUGUAUAUGAACAAAAUAUGGUUUAUUAUAUUUGUAAACAAAA